CUGUACCGCGACUCUCCGCGUCCCAAGUUACCUUGUUCGCGCUCACUGAACGCGACGAUCGCUUUCCUCGUCCUCUUGGACACACUCCCUCGUAUCUCGGAGCUACGCUGAGGAGUUCUAUAUGCCCGGCAUGAACCGCGACGUGGAGGAGUUACGGAUGGAUUCGCCGCGCCCAGAGACUCCGGAACCAGCUACACGGCAGGGGCGCAGGAACGGUGUUGAGGGGGUCCAGCUACUGGACGAUGAUGGUGCUAUUUCAGUACAGCUAGAGUCCUGCCUGAAGCACAUUUUCGCGAAGUACUGCAUGCCGCGACCCACGCCGAAGAAGGGCGCAGGGUUGCUCUCACCACCUGAGGGGGCAUACCUCUCGCCAGAAGGGCUGGAUACAUGGGCGCGUGACACAAAUGGCACCCCGUUUGACGAGGCGACGAAGGAGGAACUGAUGGAGUUCCUGGACGUGACAGAGGACGGUGGUCUGACGUUCAAGGGGUUCAUGCAGGUCUACCAGCUGCAAACAGAGAACGAUGAAGAGGAAACAUGGAGAGACUUGUCAAGUCACGGAUUUGACAGAACACUCAGACUAGUGGCCACCCGCAGAGAGGACAUGGACACAGACGGUCGUAAUACUCCAGUGCAGGCAAAUGGCAUCAGCUCAUCAUGAGAAUACCGCAUGCUAUACUGCGACCCAGUGCACUUGCGAAGACCAGGAUCCGAGAGACAUCGCCGCCUGCUGCAACCUUGUUAUCAGGCUCUCAUAGGCAACGGGAUGCCCACAACCAAUGAAACGACAUUGAUGUCUAAUACCCAAUGCUCUCGAUGACUACCCUGUACAACGAUACUCAUCCCAUGGCGAUAUCCCGCAUGGGCACGGGAAUUCGACCACUUACCCUACAUCCCGACACGAUGGCCCCCCUGGCCGCGCGUUCUUUUCUCGUUGCA